AGAAAUUACCGGCUAAGCGCGUUUGUUAUUGUUCAGUCUUUUGAUGUGCUCUUAAAAAGUCGCAUAUAUCCGUAAAACACCCUGAGUCAAACAUAAGUUGGAACAUAAUAUGCAGACCCUUAUAUUCUUUGCUACAGUCUGUAUUUUUCCUGUACCCUUCAGACAUGCCUCAUUGGGUUUUUAAAAGAUUCCGCUUGGAAGGAGACAAACCUCAAGCCUCGCCCCGGGUCUUCCUUGACUUGACACAUUUGAUAACCGCAAGAGAGCAGUUUUUCCUUUGAUGAGGCUAAGACCCCAGAAAUGAAAGAGCAAGUGUAAGUUUGCAAACACUCUAAAAGCUCCUUCCAUUAGACCUGGUCGCGGGAAACCACAAAGGACAGUCAAGUGAUUUUCAAGGAGAAAGCCUCUGGUCCACUUUCCCUCCGCCGCCAGGAGGUCUGCAGGUUCCUGGAGGAGCUCUUCUCAAAUCCUGAAGAUUGCUAGGCUCUUGGCGAACGACUCGUCUCUUGAAGAUCUAGAGUGGUGGAUUACAGGCAUUGAAAAGCUUUUGGUGGCUUUGGAAGAUGACUGCGGUGUGAGCUCACCUUACCAAGCUGGGGGACCAAGCAGAGGAACCCCCUUUGUUAUCUUUUGAAAGAAGAUCAGCGGGGAAGACGGGGUUUGAAGUGUGGAUUAGGAGGUCCUACGUCUUUGCCUACCCCCUCUGCUAAAUCUUCAUAAAAAGAUCGAGGAGUGCAAUGAACUUCAGAAAUCAUGCACCGCUUCCUUGAAGCCUGUCCAGGAACCUAACUUCUGGACCCAGAAACUUCUCCAAAGACAGACCCGCUGAGCCAGGCAGUCUGCACCAGCACCUCUGCUUCUAAGAUUCUGUUUCGUCUUUUAUUGAGAGAUUGACCUCUUGGGUGAUUUGUGUGCUUUCCGGCAAAUGAUGGAGACGCGUAAACCGGCGGGACUGCUGGCCUUGCCAUACUCGCUGCGCGCCGCGCCCCUGGGCGUGCCGGGGACCCUGGCCGGACUCCCGCGGAGGGAACCCCUAAGGGUCGCCCUGCGUCUGGACGCCGCGUGCUGGGAGUGGGCGCGCAGCAGCUGCGCACGGAAACGGCAGUACCUGCCCCUGCCGCUGGACGGCGCCUUCGAGCCCGCCUGCCUCCGCAAGCGCAACGAGCGCGAGCGGCAGCGGGUGCGCUGCGUGAACGAGGGCUAUGCGCGCCUCCGAGACCACCUGCCCCGGGAGCUGGCUGACAAGCGCCUCAGCAAAGUGGAGACGCUCCGCGCCGCCAUCGGCUACAUCAAGCACCUGCAGGAGCUGCUGGAGCGCCAGGCCCGGGGUCCUGAGGGCACAGCCGGCGCCGUCCCCCGGCGCAGGGCGGAAUGCAACAGCGACGGGGAGUCCAAGGCCUCUUCGGCGCCUUCGCCCAGCAGCGAGCCCGAGGAGGGGGGCAGCUAGCGAGCGCCCGGGCCGGCCAGGACCCCUGCGCCCGCCGCAUAGCGCGCAGCCGGGCGCUCAGCCUAAGGUCCUCUUCGAAGGUGGUUUACAUUCUUAAUCUGGUAUCUUCUCCAGGCCUAAAUCUUAGGAAAAAGAAAUGGGUACUGGGGUUUGGGUGAUGGGGGAGGUGUUUUUACCUUUGGGGAUUUCUCCCCUGCCCUUAUUGGUUACGUGCCUGCAACUUAUAGAUACUUAUUAAGGAGACUCUUUUCCUAUACUUCUAAAAUGCAAACUGUUCCAGAUUCUGAGCGCCUCAUUGUAAAUACGAUUAUUCUAAAAACUCAAAGGGCGAGAACAACUGGAAUUUCCCACCUUCCGUGGUGUGGGUAGAUUGUGUACAUAAAUAUUAAACCUUAACCAAAGAAGAACUUUACUGCCACCAAAACAGAAACAACCCCAAACAGCCAAAAACAGCCCUUAAAAAUGAGAGGAACAUUUUCUUGCAUUCUUUCCUUUGGAAAUUGUAUUCGAAAUGUAAUUGAAAACAAUUGUUGACCUCCUGCUUUGGGUGAAGGAGACUGUAAGCUGCUACUUGAGAACGAAUUUGCCAGCAUGUGCUGUUGACUGUGUGAAUGAUGGUACCAGGGAAGCCAUGGCUUGGUACACACUGUUUCAGUCAGUGGCCACGUGGAAGCUUCGUAGCAUUGAGCAGAUAGUAAAAUAUCUUAGAAUUAAUGAUCUCUUUGGAAGAGAGCCCAGAUUUGUAUGAAAACUUGUUUUUCCUCUCAAUUGUUUUGUUCACUGUUUUCUUCAUUUUCCUUUUCUCUGCAUUCCGCACCAGCGCCCCCGCCUGCCGACCUAUAGCUCUCCAUCUAAGUUUUGGAUAAACUAAAGUGGCACUGUGACUUUAAAAAUAAAAAAGAGAUCUACUUGGAAGUCCUUUUCGAGGGUUGAGCCGGAUGGGGGAAAGAUGUGGGACAAAAGGGAUGGAUUGAAGUUGGUACAUUCUCAAAUAUUUUUAUCACCAUGGAAGCUUCCAGGUACAGUAUAUGGAAAUGAUAUAUGGCCAUGUUAAAAAACCUUUUUAAAAUAUUUAAUUUGGGUCUUUCUUUUUCCUGAGAAACAAUUUUGAGUUCGGUAGAUAAGUUAAAUGCUUGCUAAUGUGUGAAAACAUCCCUAAGGUUGUUUUCUAAUAUGCCGAAUUAUCCUUUCCAUGGAGGCAGCUUUGGUUUGUGGGGGAAGAGGAAGGGGAGAUGGAAAUGGACAAAGAGAACUAACAGUGGUAGUGCAUCCUCCAGGUGGAUUUUACUUAGAUUUGAUUACCCCCUUUUACAGGUGUAGCAACUAAGGCAGGCUAUAUAUUCAAUGGACAUCUUUUAUGUGCUAGGAAUUUUGUUGUGACUUUUUACAUUUUGUCCUAUUUAGUUUCAUAAAUUUGUGGGGUGGGUAUGACAAAUAUUUUGUGAUUUAAAAAAAAUAUGAAGCUCAAAGAGGUUACAUACCUUGACCAGUUUAGUGUUGCUAGGAUUCCUUGAGCUGAGAUCAAGUCCUGAGCCUGAACCCAAAGCCGAGGAU